UACUUGUAGCGUUUCACAUCUUUAUUUAUUCAGUCAUUACCAAAACAUAAAUAAUAUUUUUAUUUGAAAGAAAGUAUUAACCGUUGGAUAGAGGUAUUAACAAGUUGCUGUAUUCCAAAAUAAAAUGGGUGGAUGUCGUUGUUCGUUUCGCGAUUGUGCUGUUGGGACAUCUCAAAAUCCCGGCAUGCACUUUUUCCAUUUUCCACUAAACGACAAGGAGCGCUACUUGCGUUGGUUAACAUUGGCUAACGCAAUGCACUUUAUUGACAUGCCUACGUCCUACCAAAAAAAUCGAGUUAUUUGUGCCAGACAUUUCCGGGAUGAAUGCUUUAAAAAUUAUAAAAGAGACGGCAUUAAUAAGAUCGCGGAGCCAACACUGAUGCGCUUAAAUGUGGAAAUGGCUUUGGAUUAUGCUCAAGCAGCGGAAAAUGGUGGUCCCGAAUUGGUUAAGAUACCAAAGUGUACACUAAAACAUUUAAUUCCACCCCAAGGAUAUUUCUACCCCUUUACUCUUCACGACAAUGUGAUUGUAAGUGAUUAUUUGGAGGAAAAUAAUAUUGUGCUAGGCAAAUCAGAGGAGUCUAAGAAAUUACUUAAUGGAAAAAGAAAUCGAAAUGCAGAUUUUAGCACUGAAAACAACAGUAAAGCGAAGAAAAUAAAAAUAUUAAAUUCCACCGCUAUCAACUUGCCUUCUAAAGCAAGUGACUCAAAAUCAACAGAUACGAUUAUUAAAAUGGAUUUGGGUGAUGGUUCCUCAACGUUUGUACCACUGGAUAGUGACGAAGAUUAUGAAGAAGAAACUGAACAUGCAGAAAUAAUGGAAGAUAUAUCAAUUGAACAAGAAGGAUAUGAUUUAGUACAGAUCGACAAUUACAUAAAUGAAGAAUCAAUUGAACUGGAAAAUGAUAAUAUAUUUACUAAGCAACAAUGUGACGAUCUAUCUAAACAAUUACAAAAUAAAGAUGGGGAAUAUAAUAAAACAACAGAUGAAAUGACAGCACGAAUUUGGAAGCUGGAACAGGAGCUCAAGAAAUCACAAGAUGAGCUAAAGUUGAAAACAAAUAUUUUAAGUAGAACUACAGUUGAACUGGAAAGAGUCAACACCAAAUAUCAAAGCCUUAUGGAAAAGUAUGACGAAUUAGAAAUGAAACAUAAAAACCUUUCUGAGAUUAAUAAAAAUACUUCAAAAGAAAACCAACGCUUGCAACAAGAGAAAACUCUAUUAAGUGAAAAAUGUGUGGAAUACGAGAAACAAAAGCAAUUUAAACAAAAGGAAGAUGUUACAACUAGUCAGGCAUCAUCAUCGUCGGUUAGCAAAGAGAUUGCCAUUGCCAGUCGACGGCACGCUGCAGCGGGAGCCAGUAAUAUGCUCAAUACUCCGUCAAAAGCACAACUAUUUAACGGUAUUAAAAAGUAUAUAUCAUCUUCUAUGCUGGCAUUAUUACGCAUGGAAAUGUUCGGUAGCGCGGAACGCAAUUGGAAACCCGACGAGAAACGGGUGGCUAUGGACUUAUUGCAACUUGGUGAUGACGUAUAUAAAUAUAUAAACGAUGAGUGGCGUUUCCGCUUACCCGCCUUGGGUGAAGUAAGAGUAUGGCUUGCGGACACAACGAAUUCUAUGGAUGAUGAAGAGGAUAUUUAAUUGUUGACUAAACAAUUUAUAUAUAAAAAACAACAAUUUUAUUUAGUUUUUAUUUUAAAUUUCUAACAAGGAUAUUGUUUUCAUAGUAAUAAUUAGUUUGUACGAAUUU